AUGACCGCUCUCGCUGGACCUCAACAACCAUGGAGCUUCCAAACGCACAUGGUCAAUUCGGCACCAGCUUCCAUUCUUUCCUACUGUGCAUCCUCCAUCCUUAUGACCAUGACUAACAAGUUCGUCGUCAACCUCCCUUACUUCAACAUGACUUUUGUCAUGCUGUUUGUACAAUCCAUGGUUUGUACACUGACUUUGGUGAUUCUCAAGUUCUUUGGCGUAGCCAAAUUCCGUAAUUUGAACAAGAAGGACACGUUGAACUGGCUUCCAAUCUCCUUCCUGCUAGUAUUAAUGAUAUAUACCUCGUCAAAGGCUUUGCAAUUCUUAGCGGUCCCCAUUUAUACCAUCUUCAAGAACUUAACCAUCAUUCUGAUUGCAUAUGGGGAAGUUCUGUUCUUUGGCGGUUCUGUCACUCUCAUGGAACUAUCUUCUUUCUUCCUCAUGGUACUGUCAUCAGUAGUUGCUACGUUAGGUGAUAAUCAAGCCCUAAGGGCCAAAGCUAUUACAAUGGCUGAAUUGGCCGCUAGCACUAAUUCCACUGACGACACUAUUCCAACAGAAUUGGGUGUCAUCUCAGGAAUUAUUGGCAAUCCAGGUUAUUUAUGGAUGUUCACCAAUUGUAUCACAUGUGCCCUAUUUGUCCUAAUUAUGAGAAAAAGAAUAAAGUCCACCUCUUUCAAAGAUUAUGACACCAUGUUCUACAAUAACGUUCUCGCAUCCCCCAUCCUUCUUAUAUUCUCCUUCCUUAUGGAGGAUUGGUCUCGUUCAAACGUCCAUAUCAAUUUGGGCGGUAAUUCAUUAAGCGCCAUGAUCAUUUCAGGGCUGGCCUCUGUGGGGAUCUCUUAUUGUUCAGGGUGGUGUGUUCGUGUCACUUCAUCAACUACCUAUUCCAUGGUUGGUGCAUUGAAUAAAUUGCCCAUUGCUGUGUUUGGUCUCAUAUUCUUUGACGCUCCUCGAAAUUUCUUAUCCAUAUUCUCCAUUCUAUUAGGGUUUGCCUCAGGUUUGUUGUAUGCUUUUGCUAAGCAACGGAAAUCAGCAGGGGAGUUGAAGAAAUCUUUAGCCACAGAGAAAUAA